UAGUUUAUCUCUCUUCACUUGUGACUGCCACAUGAUUUCAUUUUUAAUUCCCAUCAACACAAUUACAGCCCAGUAAAUAUGAUGAUGCAUGACAUUGCAAAUUACUUUAAAAAAAAAAAACCAAAACUUUUCACUCUUAUUUAGUUGAGUGUCAUUGUCCAAAUAAUAACUGUUAAAUACAUCUGUAUAACAAAAUGGAAUUAAUGGCCUUAUUUUUGUAUAGAUAAUGUCAUCAAGAUGGUGAAGCAGUAGGCAAACAAAAUGUGCAGUAUUUGUCAAGCUAUUUUAGUGUUCUAGUUAAAACAUAUGCCUGUGGUUGGAAAUGUAAACUACAACGUAAAUGAUCAUUUACUAUGUUAAGUUUUAUCUGUAUGAGAUGUUGUGAUGUAAAGCUGGUAUUAGUAGGGUUUAUUAAAGGGAACUGUGUUCACGUUUAUCAAAGCCUGAGGCCACGCCCCCUGGCGGCAGGUGCGGCCUCCUCGAGGCAUUAAAUCAGCGUCUCUCUCUCUCUGGCGCUCAUUACUGCCGCUUUAUGCGCUUCUCAACAUGGGCGCGAGUUUCUUCCUUCUCUAAGCGCAGGGUUAGUGAUCAGCAGCAAGCAGAAUGAGCUGGGCAGCACUAUAUAGUCAGCUAGGAGGAGUGAACAAACACUCCACUAGUCUGGGAAAAAUCUGGCUCUCUGUUCUUUUCAUUUUCCGCAUCACCAUUCUGGUGCUGGCUGCUGAGAGCGUCUGGGGAGAUGAGCAAUCAGACUUUACUUGCAAUACACAGCAGCCUGGUUGCAAAAAUGUCUGCUAUGACCACUUCUUCCCAGUCUCUCACAUCCGUUUCUGGUGCCUACAGCUGAUCUUCGUUUCUACCCCAGCUUUAUUGGUGGCCAUGCAUGUGGCAUAUCGCAAGCGUGGCGUCAAGAAAGAACUUAUUGCAUGCAAGGGUAACAAAGCAGCAGACGAAGACCUGGAAGGUUUGAAGAAGAGACGUUUGCCCAUUACAGGCCCGCUGUGGUGGACCUACACUUCUAGCCUGUUCUUCAGGCUCUUUUUUGAAGCUGGCUUUAUGUAUGCCCUCUACUUUGUCUAUGAUGGCUUCCAGAUGCCACGUCUUGUCAAGUGUGAACAGUGGCCUUGUCCAAAUAAAGUUGACUGUUUUAUCUCACGACCAACAGAGAAGACAGUUUUCACCAUUUUCAUGGUGGGAUCUUCAGCUUUAUGCAUUGUGCUGAAUGUUGCAGAGCUGGUCUAUCUGAUCAUUAAGGCAUUGAUGAGAUGCUUAUCAAGAACCAAGAGAAGGCACUCAUAUAGCCACUCAUCAGACAUGUCAAAAGAUGGGGCUCUGUUGCAUAACAAAAAGAAUGAGAUGUUGCUUUCAUCAGUCUCUGAGUCCAGUAAUAGCAAAUCUGUAUAAGAUGUCCAUUGCUUUGUUGAGUUGAACUUUUUUCAUGAAUGAAUGAAUUUAUUUUUCCCAUGAAUUAACAUUACAAACAUUAAAAAGAGAACAUUUAAUGCAAUUUAUUCCAUUCCCUUCUGCUGAAAUAAAAGCAAAAGGUACUUGGUCAUGAAUGUCUAAGUACACAUUUAGUACUGGUUAACAUGUGACCUUGUUGUUCAUAUUCCUCUGUUGUGUUCUCCUUUGGAGAGAAAUAGACACAUAUUCAUUAACAAAUACAAAAAAAAUUAACUCAUUGUCUAUGUUCUUCAGUGUAUAACUUGGUUUUAUAUUAUUUCAUCAGACAGACACACAUCUAUAAUUUAAGAUGUUCUUACCAAUGCAGUCUUUAGGCAGGCAGCAUAACAUUUAUAGACUGCUAGGCAGUGAUUUGAUCUGAAGCCUUAUUUGCAAAGGAUCUGUUAUGAGAGCUUAGCCUCAUUUUGCUUGCAUUUUAACUUUUAAAAAGGUGAUUUUUGUAUUAUUAUUAAUUGUUAUGCUUGAUUUAUAAACAUGAUCAUGAUUAGACAUCUUAUAUGAGCAACAAAUCCUAUGCUUUUAUAUGCAAUAUUUCUGUUAAUAAUUGUAAGUAUAAAUGUCUGAAUAUGCAUUUAUAUAAAAAUGUUAAUGAUUUGCCAAAUGUUUACAUAAUAUAUAUAAUUGCAUUGCUUUAUUAAGUCUAUUUGUCAGUAAUUGUAUUUUUCACUGGUCUUGUUUAACUCAUUUUAGUUCACGAAUGUGGCUACAUACUGUAUGCUGUAAAUUGUCUUUCAUGCUCAUGCAGUUCUAACCACAAUUAGACAAAAGAUACUCCCAAUUGACAGGACAUUUCUGUAUGGCAAGGUAUGUAGAUUCUGGACAUGGAUCCUCUUGGGACUGUAGUGUUUUUUUUUCUAUUCCAAAACUAAUGAUCUUGCUCCAUUAGAUGGAUCCAGUGUGUUUGGAUGCAGGGGCAACACAAAAAGGCAGUGAGCCUUUGGGACUGGAAAGGAAAGACUCUGCUAUAUGGAACCUUUUUUCAGUACCUGUACAUCAUCCUGUCAUACAAAGCAUUUAACAUUUUUUUCUAUUUUUUGUACAAUUAAAUGAACACAUUUGUUAUGUUCUAUAUAGAAAUAGCAAAGAUCUGUUUAGUCUAGAAAGAACAGAUAAAUAAAUUUGUACAUGCUCGGUGUGGGUUUCAAAUGAGAUUUAAUGAACAGUUUUCUCUGAGAGAAAAUGUCAGGUUGUGGGGUUUGGUUCAGAUUUCUUUCCACUCUAUCAUGGAAUGGAAAAAAUAAAUGGAUGGCCAUC